AUACAAUAAGUACACUUAACGCAGCAUAUCCCCAAGAGCUGCCUAAAAUGUGCGCUGAAGAGCGUGUGACGCAGUGUGACGUGCUGCCGUCGUGGGUUCAUGGGUUGAGCGUCAGAGCGCAUGCACUGCCGAAGAAGUUCUUGAAGAUUUUCAGUCGUUAACUCUUUUGUGCAAAAUGCCAGCCGCACUUGCAGAUACCAGUCAAAUUAUCUGCGAGGUCUGGGCGAGCAAUGUGGAGGAAGAAAUGAGGAAGAUCCGACAGAUUAUUCAAAGUUACAACUACAUUGCCAUGGAUACAGAGUUCCCAGGAGUGGUGGUUAGGCCUAUCGGGGAAUUUCGCAGUACUGUUGAUUACCAGUACCAGCUUUUGCGUUGCAAUGUGGACCUUCUGAAAAUAAUCCAGCUGGGGCUGACCUUUAUGAAUGAGGACGGAGAUUAUCCGCCUGGGACGACGACAUGGCAGUUCAACUUCAAAUUCAAUCUAACAGAGGAUAUGUAUUCCCAGGACUCAAUUGAUUUACUCCAGAACUCUGGACUUCAGUUCAAAAAGCAUGAGGAAGAAGGAAUUGAUACUCUGUACUUUGCAGAGCUACUAAUGACAUCUGGCUUGGUGUUGUGUGAAAAUGUGAAGUGGCUGUCUUUCCACAGUGGCUAUGAUUUUGGUUACCUGGUGAAACUCCUCACCGAUGCUCGACUUCCGGAGGAGGAGCACGAAUUCUUCCAGAUACUCAACCUGUUUUUUCCAGCGAUUUAUGAUGUGAAAUAUUUAAUGAAAAGCUGCAAGAAUCUUAAGGGUGGCCUUCAGGAGGUCGCUGACCAGCUGGAACUGAAGAGAAUUGGGCGGCAGCACCAAGCUGGCUCUGACUCCUUACUGACUGGGAUGGCCUUCUUCCGCAUGAAAGAGUUGUUCUUUGAAGACAACAUUGACGAUGCAAAGUACUGUGGCCGGUUGUACGGCUUGGGGUCUGGAUCUUCUCAAAACCAGAAUGGCAUCUCCAGUGUUUCUCAAGAGGACAGUAACAACAAACACUGACCAAAGGAAUCAAGAGAAGAGCACCCAUCAAUGGAUGCACCUGUUUUAUCUCUACCAGCAGCUAUGUUGAGUAUAUAUUUGAGUAAAUAUUUCUUACCGGCACAAAACCAUAAAUUUCUGUACAAGAGCAUUGGUAUACAUAAAAGAGAACCUUGUAGCUAACCCCCAUGCCCCCCCCACAUUGAUAUGUGUUGCCAUUUAAAUCUUUGACAAUUCUGACGCCAAACCAUUGUAACGCCAUUUAUUACUUUUAUAUGUGUUUUACAGCAGAAAUCCAGCCAAAUUUGAGAAUAUGGGACCAGCAUAUCUGAAUGCAGCUAAUACAAAUUAGCAUUUUAACCUGCUUAAUCUCUUAUCCAAAACCUGUUGUGUUGCUUAAAGUUGUUCUUGACCAUUUCAACUGGUUCAGGGAUUCAUAUGGAUUCAUAGAUAAUUGUACACUUGUUUGUAGAAAUUGUAAUAUUUUAAAUUAUGCUGGAAAGGUAUGUAUAUUAAAAUGUAAAAUUUCAAAGAAUGUGGCAUGUUUUACCAUUUUUCUUCUGAGGGAUGAAGAUAAGUUGACUUGAGCCAACUUGGAGUAUUUAAGAACAUCUCAUUCUUUGUUCCUUUUGCUUUUAAGUUGUUCACUAUUGUUUUAAAUUCCAUUGUUUUAAACAGUUGUAUAUUAAAGUGUUUUGUAUGAAA